AGCACAGCAAGUGGAGCAAGGCCGGUCAUAGAGGUGUCCAGCAGUGUUUUAAACAAACCAAGUACUUUCCAAACCAGAUAACAAGAAUCCAAUAGAAUGGACAACCACACUUAUAACUACCAGUCCGACUGCACCCCUCUCACCAACUGCAAGUCGGCCCGCAAGCCGGCGGGUUCCACCGUGGUGAAUAUGGGCUCUUCAGGAAACAAGCUACCGAGCGACUACCUGGUCUGGUCUCUGUGCAACACCCUGUACGUCAACUUCUGUUGUCUGGGAUUCAUGGCUCUCAUCUACUCCAUUAAGGCCAGGGACCAGAAGACCCAGGGAAAUUUGCAGCUGGCCCAGGAGUGCUCGGACAAGGCCAAGUGGUACAACAUCCUGGCGGCGGGCUGGAACCUGCUGGUGCCUCUGCUAGUGGUGGUCCUGCUAGUGCUGCUGUUGGUACACCUGGGCACCUCACAGGGAUCCUUUGAUUUCUUCGGAGAAGAUGGCUUCCAGAGCUUCAUGAAACUCUUCAGCAGCGUACAUUGAAGACUGACAGACAGAAGAUGUGGAAGAUGAGAGUGAUAGAAGUAGAGAAUAAAAGCAGAAGACGGUGGAUGGAGACUGGCCAAUGUUGCCCUUAAAAGCCACCUAACCACCCAACCAUGGACUAAUGACCUCUUUACACCAUAGGUCACCUUUUUUACCUUUAUAGACAUGAAUACAUUAUUGUUCUUAUGUACUGUACUAUUAUUAUUAUUGCUGUUAUUUUUAUUGGUUGCUGUUUGGUAGCUGAAGGCUUGUGUCAAUGUCACAGCAUUGGAUCUGGAACACCUCUAGACCCAUUUAUUAAAAAAUAUGUGUCAUUGUGAAAUA